AUGUACACCACAACGCAUCCAUUGUUUUGGUCACAAACCUCCCCACCCCCAUCCUUCCUUAUACCCUCAUCGAUAAACAUGAUAAACGUUCCCCUAAAGAACCACAAUCACUUCUUCAUCUUCAUCGCUGAACUACGCAAGAAAAAAAAAGAAGAAGAAUUAAACAAAAUGUCCAUCUCAAAAACCCGCUCCCCAUCCCUAGACUCCACCGCCUCCGACCUCACACUCCAUGAGCUCUCAAACAUCGACCCCUACCCUCUCCCCGCAGACCACUCAGACCCAAACCACCCCCACUACCCAGCAUACAUUCAAUCUCAAUCCGGCCCCCCCAAAAAAUCCCGCACGCGAACCAUCAUACUCUAUGCCGUGGCCGGAAUAAUCCUCACAGCCCUCGCCCUCGUCGCCGCGUUCUUCCUAGGCAAAAAACUAGCCUCGCACGCGCAACAAGUCCAAAUGGAAUCCCGGAACAACAGCACCAAAGUCACGCACUGGCAUACGGCCACCACGUUUUCGACGAAUUGGUCCACGACCGUUGUAGAGGUUACGAGGACUAGGACAGUAACGCCUAAGCCUACGCCUACACUUACAUCUACACCUACACCUACACCUUCCACCACUUCUAGCGCUACUCCAAAGCCUUCGGAAGCGCCGUCUUCGACUCAACGUCCUGCGUCGUCUUCUACGAAGACAUCGAGCGCGCCGCCGAAACCGACACAGGGUAAUGGCGGUAAGUGUUUGCCUCUGGGUGUUUUUAUGAACAAAAUCGAUUGUUUGAAGCAGUGCUCGGCUAGGGCUGAUGGGAAGGGGGUGGGGUGGAAGUGUGAUGUUCGACAGGGGCUCUGGACGUGUUUUGGGUGUUGAUUGUUGUAUAGAAGGUGGGGAGGGUGUUUCAUUUUGGGUCAGAUGGCGGCGUUCAAAAGGACACAGGAAUCGAUUAUUUUUCC